UUUCCAAUACACUUUUGGAGUAUUCGAGAGCUCUUUCCGGUGCAUGCGCAAACCCACAAAUCUCCAUAGAGAUUAGUUCAACAAUAUGUCCGACGACGCCGUGAGAAAGACAGAAGGCGUAGGAGAAAGAACGGCGAUCGUCUGUUGAACUACCCAUUCUCCUUUCGUUUUUCUGUCUUUGACAUUUUUAGACCGAGGCACAGUCCUCUCUUGUGUGUUACUGUUAGCUUUCGUUCAACGAAAGUUGGCUGCAUUGCAAGACUUAAAUGAAAAACAAAAGGGAACAAUCUGCAAUUUUGAGUUGUGAUUGUUUUAUUAUUUAGGUAUAUUGACAGUUUUAUAACGUACUAACAAAUUCAUCAUGGGGGAUAAAGGCGGCAAGUCGGAUAUGGACCGUGUUGGUCUGUUUCAAGAAAUGACAUAUGUCACUAUUGGAGACAAGUAUAAGCCUGCUGGACAAAGUACAUUCAAUGAUGCUGCAGGGAAAGGGAAGCAGAUGCUUCCUGGGGGGAGCAAAGAUAAGAGUGCACGACAAGAUGGAUACUUUUCGGAGAAAUUCAAUCGUGUCAUGGAUGGUGAGGCAUACAGUGAUCCUGUCAAACUGAGGAGACGUUACAGAAUGGCUGAGGCAAAAAAGAAUUUAUCUAAAGCCUUUUUGCCAACCAAUGGACAAAAAGCAAUGAAUGGGCUUGGCACAUUUUUUGGAACUAUAGGAGGGAAUGUCAAAGCUUUUAGCCCCGUCUCUAAAGGAGGUGGAUCUGGAAAGAAUCCUCUGAAGAACGUAAUGACAAAUCCUGGUAAACGAGGAACAGGCUAUGGAUAUGUCGCUGUUACCCUGGGCAAAUAUCCUAACUCUGAAAACAUGGCAGAUCCCUAUGAUAAUGAUAAACAGAUUUACCGGAAAGAAGUUGCUCAACAUAAGGCCCAGCUGAAGGCAGGCGCCUUCCACCUCAACAUGCACCCUUCCGACUACUUUGACGGCAACCCUUACAGGACGGACAAACCUCUCCCGCCCUUGAGAAAAUCGGCAGACGUUACCAAGAAGGAUGUCGGUCCACCGUUCAGACCUAGCAACCCCGGGAAAGUGAUGGGUGGCAUGAAGGCUGGUACAUUUGAGCCGUACCCUCUCAAAUCGAAGGACCCGUACGGCAUCAAAGACAAGCGUCCAGUCAACGUGGUGAACAAGAGCGGCAGGAUCUUCAUGCCAUCACAGGGGCCCAAGACCACACCAUGCAAAUCUAUCGUCAACCAGAAUGUGGUCAGGUCUGUGAACAUCACCAACUACCGGUCAGUGACGGUCCUUUGAUGUGUGCAGUUGCCUCCCGACACACCCCUCGGCCACCUCCUCACCAGUCCUCUCUUGUGGAUUUGCUUGUGUCUGCACUCGCUUUGUUUUGUCAUACGUGCGACAUAAUAACAACACAAUGUAUUUGGAAUGCCAAAGGCUUUAUCCUUAUAAUCUUAUAAACAGAACUGAAGGACAGAAAGAAAAUAUCCACUAUAUUUGAGCCACUUAGGUUCCAUAAUUUAACGGUGUACAGCUUUCUUCCUCGCAGUGGCUUGGGUUUAGAAGAAAUUUAACUCAUGACCUUCUUGUUGCAUACGUAAAAAUGGUUAGCCAAGGGAUUUUUUCCCCACAUUUGUUAGCAACCCAAAGGGGAAUGUAGGCCGACCUACAUUGUAAAACAAUCUUUUUUUAAAUUGUAGGCCUCUUUGUUUGACUUUGGCCACAUUGUGGAAGAAAAAGCUUUUAUAGUGGUGGUUUUCUAGUAAACUGUUAUCAAGAAAGCACUGAUCCUAAGCUAAAAAAAAAAACCCUGCAAAUUUGGCGGCUUUUUCUACUAAUUAUGAAAUAUUUUUCGCUCAAUAAUGUUUACGCUAUUAGUGAUAUGGAGGAGAAGAUGACAUUUCUCUGUAUUGAUCAUAAUCUACGACUGUGGUAUAGAAACAGUAUUAUUUCAUCUGCCACAGAGGUAAAUUGUGAAGGAAAGAUAUGGUUGGGAAAUGUAGUAGAAAGGUGUGUAGAUAUAGCUAUCGCAACAUUCAACUGUGAGUCAAUGAAAAAAUCCUAGACCAAGAGGGCAAAAACAUUUUCAUAACAGAGGUUUAUGCGCAGCAAAGAAAGAAAAUUUAGUCUUAAUUAUCUCUUUACAAGCCCCUGCUGUACCAAAAGAUAAUUUUUCUGUGAGGUUUAAUUUUUUUUUCUUACUAAACAAAUUGUUCUGUCAGCAUUGGAAUACUGAUAGAGGGAUUAAUGGGGAAGGUCUUCAAACCCACGAGAUAUUGUCUUUUGUGAAUGUGAUAUGCAUGCAAACUUCAUGUACAAUAACUUUUGAUAGUUGUGUUUCCUUUUCGUUGACCGUCUCAGCAUUCUGACUUUAUGUUUCCAUCUCCUGUUCCUCCCGAUGCUGACUUUCGAUUUCUUGGUGGAGGAUUAUGGGAUAGAAACGGAAAUUGAAUGCCACACCUUUUCUAGCCGGUGAAGCAAUCAGUAGAUAUAACAGUUGUUCCGAAUCCUUUCCACCUCAACUACUUUUUCCUUUCUAUCAUCCUAGGUAACUCAUUUCUUCCAAUUAUUUCGGAUCUUUGUCCUUGACUCUUUCUGUUCUGAGUGAUUGCCAAAAGCAGAGGAAGAAGACGAGUGUAUUACUUUUCUGAAAUGUUUUUGCCAUUGAGAAAUGGAAAGCGUAAGUUUUCUAGGAGGUGUAGCAGCCACUUGCAUGAAGUGUAACGUGGGUAUUCCGUACGUUCUUGGACAUACAUUUUCAUAUUGUGUUUUUACUGUUGAUUUAAACUGUUUCUGAAUAAUUUACACCCUCUGACAAAACCCUGCCUAAUCUUGAAGUGUGAACAUUUUUGCUAUCUUAUGACACCGUAACUUUAAAAAAAGUUAUAUUUAUGAUAAACAUGUACAUAAAAAGAGAACGUUUUUCACCCCCAAUAUGGAUUCUAAUGUGUAUCAUAAACUGCUUUUUCCAUAGCCAGUUGGUAUAUUAUGUACCACAAAUGUAUGUUUUCUGUUUUUUUCACAUACACGUGUGCCCCUGUUCAUAUCACACUGUGAAACGAUUGUCUUUUCUUGUUGAACUUUAUGGUCUUUUUGCUAAAUAUUUAAACUUUCUACUCAUAUUUCUGAUAGAUUUAUGGGUGCCUUGGGUGAUAUGUUUGUGGUGUGGCUUUCAGUAUUUUUCAUGCCAGAACUCUACUGCAUGCUGUACCCAGAGGGAUACUCAGUUCUCAGAGGAAUAAGCUCCAAACAAAUAAAACGGACAACUAGAACUAUUCAAACAAGAAAGAUGGAUGUGAUUGAUAAAGCAAAUGUAAAAAGGAUUCACAUAUUAUCUUAAAGAGAAAGAAAUCAUCAGGUAAACUGUGAUUCUAAAAUAUUAAGAUUCUGUAGACUUUCAAAGGAAUUCAGGUGGAAUAUUUGGAGCAUCUGUAAUUUCAGCCUUUUUAUUAAAGCAUAGAUAGAUCAGUUUUGAAAUGUAAAAAACAACAAAAUGUGCAUAAUAUGCCACAGUGCCAAAGUGAACUUACUGCUGAAAAUGUCCAGUCCCUGAUUCUUCUGAAGCAUCAACAUGCCUGUUUCGAUAAACAUUAUAAUGACUAUGUAAGUGGCACCCUGACUUUAAUUUAGCAUGUUACGUCUGUGAUAUUUUGAUGUUUUGUAUACAUAUGACUAGACUGAAUUGAGUGGAGAGGAACAACGAUAAAUGUUUUAUAGCAAAUGCAAAAAGCCAGUAGAACUCUAUGAAUUAAAUCGAGUGCAUUUUAACCCUAUGCAGCACUGAAGCAUUCAUUCUUGUAGUGUGGUAUGAUACAAAUGUCAUCACUGUCAAACACGUGUCCACAACUUUUGCAGGGGUCUUCGGUACAAAAAUCCUUACAUGACCCACUCUGCCUAAGGUCAGAGGCUGGACCAAGAUGGCGACACAAGAGAAGGACACUGUCGUUUACUAUGUUGAUACCAUAUAAUGACAGAUGAAGUUAUAACCAGUACGAAAAAUAAGCAUUUUGCAAUGUGAAGAAAAUGGCGCAAGUAAUAGUUUGCCUUGCUUGGUCUGCUCAUUUAGUACAAUACUCUCAAAACUUGCAGCUGGAUAAGAACUGAAAAAAUUUGAUGUUGCUUUGGAAAUUACAAUUGAAAAAUAUGUCAAAGUGCACAUAAGUUGUAAAAGGAUUGUUGUCCAUUUCGGUUUCAAUCAAAAUUAUGUUUGGAGUGUUUCAAUCUAUGUAUCUUUGAAAUUCUUCCGUGCAUCUGAAUGUCAUAUGACUUAAUCUUAUGACAUAGUUUGAACUACAAAGACUCAUAAUUCUGAUAGACACAUGGUACCAAAAUUUGGGGUAAAACACUGAAAAGUUCAAAGGUUAAAGCUGAAUAUUAAUGUAAGGGCUAACAUUGCCUCUACAAAGUUUGUCAGUCUGAAAAUCAAAAGUUCAAAGACAAAAUGUCUGUGGAUAAAAUAACCAACUUCCAACUUAUAUAUCCCUUCAGAAGUGACUAGACUACUUCUUUGCCACUUGCAUUCUUCUGCAACACAUUAUGAUUAUAUGAAGAACAAGGAUAAAACGAGAUAACUUUGAGCUUUUCUCUUCCAUUUUGUACAACACUUUAGUGUGAUAUUUAUAUAUGUUUUAUAAUUUAUGUUUAUUCAAUGUUGAUCAGAAACCUUUCGUUUUGCUUGGUUAAAAGAUCUGGUGAAUGUAGUGACCUCUCCUUCUUGUAUGUUUUCAAAAUCUUUAUCAGUAUAAAAAAAGACCUUUCUUAAAUCCAGCUGUUUUAGGAAAAAAGAAGUAGGAAUGGGCAUCAGAAGAACUGACGAUGUUGAUUUUUUUUAGUGGCUCAAACCUUCAUCGAAACUUUUGUAGCAGAUUUACCAAGCAUUAUCAAUAAACUUGUUAUGGAAUGUC